AUGAUGAAUUUAAGAACCAGGAUUGAGCCAGUGGUUGUUUUAGCUAAGGUAGCCAGCUCUUUCUAUGACAUUGGGCUUGAUAUUGCUGCUGGGAACCACAGUGACCAAAAUACCUCGUCUACCAACUCCACUGAAAGCAACUCGGAUUUCCACUUUGCUUACAAAACAGUUACAAGUUGCAGCUGUUUACUGGCUAUGUUUAUCCUGGAAAAAAUUAUUGAGAAUAUCAACAGGAAAAUCCCAAUCUGUGUCCCAUUGGUAGGAAGCCUAAUCUCAUCAAUACUCCUGCUGUUCGUCACAGUUUGGAACUGGCCUAAAGAGGUGAUGUUUGGCGCUGCCAUUUUGAAUGGCCUGAGCGGCUGGUUCUCCUUAUUCUGGUCCGGUGUUAUAACCUGGGUGUCACACGCCUCCUCAGACAGCAGCAGGUCUCUGCAGCUAACUCUGAUUCACAUGACGUAUGGACUGGCGGGUCUCAUCGGCACCUUUACAACUGCAUGUGGACUCAACAGGUUAAACUUUACGGACUUUUACCAAGGAGUCAUCGCUGCCUGCUGUAGCAUCACCUGCUACACAUUUUGCAUCUUGUACAUCAUUUUUGUUUUGAGGAUACCUGAGUCUGGAGUAGUACAUGAUGAAGAAUCCAAAGAGAAUUCCACGAUAGAAACUAAAGAUCAAAACAUCUAUCCCGAGGACGCAGAGGAAAGUGGAAUGUUAGUACGCGAAGAUGAAACGCAGGACACUGAACCAAACUUCAUGCUGAUUGCGGUUUUAUUAUGUAGCGCUGCCUUUUACCACUUUGCUUUCACUGGAGCACAUACUGUCAUCGAGCUGCUUGUAACACAGAAAUUGGUGUUACACUGCAUUCCACCUGAGGUCUGGGUAUGCAUAACCCAUAUUACUAGCACCCUGGGAAUUUUUAUUUUGGCUCGCUGGGCAAAUGACUCGUUUUUCAUUUUAUUGGGAAUGUGCUCAUUCUGCGCAGGAAUUCUCAUAAUGGCCUUCGUGAAAUGGACCUUCCUAUAUCACAUUGGUAAAAUAUUUACUGCUUCAGAAAUUGUAAUGGAAAUUCUAGAGAUCGCUUCAUCAGCACUAAUUACCAAGAUGUAUGAGCCUAUGGCUCACGGGCACACUCUGUUCUACUGCAUUGUGUUCUUUGGCCUUGGGUUGCUUUGUAUCCUUCUGAUAAGCGUCUCUGCCUGCAAGAACCGUCUGCAGUAUCAGCACCAAGCAAAAGAAGAGUCAGAGAUAUGUCCACUUUGGUUCUGCGACCCAUAG